AUGGCUGAAGAGUGUAACCACCCGAUACGCAUAGGGGAUAUGUGUGGGAGAUGCGGAUGCGAGAUAAAGGACAAAAACGAGGAAUUAUUCACUCUUCUCCACAACAACACGAGUGUUCUUUUGAACAAGACAGAGGCUGAGCGCGUGAACGAGGAGAUGUACGAUAGCAUUACGAAGAACAGAAAACUAGUGCUUUUGCUGGACUUGGAUCAGACGGUCAUUCAUACGAGUGUUUCUGGGCGGUUUGGGGCGUACUUUCACGAGCUGAAAAAAGAGGAAAUGAAUUUUUCCUGUGGGGGAAGUGCAGGAGAAAAUAAAACCAGUACCGGGGAAGGCGGCUCUGGAGAUGUUUCAAAAAAUAUAAGGUCUCCAGAAAAAGGCAGAAAGGCAGUUUGCCUCGAGGAAAGGAAGGAAAGGGCUGUUCGGGAGGUGCAGGAGGUAAAAAUAGAGGGUUUCUCCUACUAUGUUAAGCCCCGGGAUGGGUUGACGGAGUUUUUGCUGGAAGUUUCCAAGUACUACGAAAUACACAUAUACACGAUGGGAAACAAGGCGUAUGCAAAUGCUGUUGUGGGCCUGCUGGAUCCUGGCAGGACACUCUUUGGGAACCGGAUAGUGACGAGAGACGACAAUUUUGGGUGCUUUGAGAAGGACAUUAAGAGACUCUUUCCGACCAACUCCAAGCACGUCGUGAUUUUGGACGAUCGCCCGGACGUGUGGGGGUUUAUUGACCGCCUGUACCCGAUCCGGCCGUAUACCUUCUUCCAGUCUGAGGACAUAAACAGCCCGGAAAUCCUGCAGGGAAAGAAGUCCCUGAAGAAAGAAGAGGCUUCCGGGGGAGUGACUGGGAAGAAGGAUCUGAUGCGCCGGAUAGAGAGGGAGUGCAUCAGCACAUAUUUUGACAGCGAGCUAGAGAAAGUCCUUGCAGGGCUUGUUGAGGUCCACAGAGAGUUCUUUACAGGGAGAGAGAAUACAGCGGAAAUAUUGCGGGAAAUGACGGGGGUGUUCAGAGGAUGCGUUGGAUCUAUUAUUACGCCCGCGAAGGAGUUUACAUGCUACCUUAGCAAGCUGUUUCUACAGCACGGGGGAAGCAUUUCUGCAGACCCUUCAGCCUCUUCAGUUACGCACCUGAUAUGCAGUUCAGGUACGCCCGUGAGAAUAAAGGGAACGGCCAGAAGGCUGCAGAGCAUAAAGUGCGUAAGGGAUGCGUGGAUAUGCGAGUCCAUUUUCUUGCUUAAGCGGCAGAAUGAGGACGACUUCCUGCUGAGCACCGCCCACAUGGAGCGCAUAAGCACUCCGGAAGAGUACUCAGAGUCUGACGAAAACGCGUAUGAAAAAGAUCGGGUAAGCACUUUGGACGUAGAGAGCAGCGAUGAUUCUUUGUAUAGACAAAUAGUAGAAGGCGAAUAA